AUGGCUGAGGGCUCCGCCGCCACGGCCGCGGCGGCCUCGGCUCCUCGGCUGCGGGCGGGCGGGCGAGGAGGCGGCCGGCCGUGGGGAAGGAAGGCAGAGGGAGGAAGGCGGCGAGCGGGCGGGGGGAGAGGGGGCGGGCGGCGGGGGAAGGGGCGGGCGCGGCGGCCGCGGCGGCGGCGGGGCUUCCCCGCCUCCCUCGCCUCGGUGCGCCCCGCGCUCGCUCGGCCGCUGCUCGUCCCGGCUCCCCGCCUCGCCUCGCCGCAACCGCCCGCCCUGGCCGCGCCUCCUCCCGCCCUCCGGGCCGGCGCUCCGCUUCCCCCUUCCUCCUGCGCCUCCGCCUCCUUCCACACAAAUACCAACUCCUCAACCCGAGCCCAGAUCUCGCCGCCGCCGCCGCCGCCACACUCUGGUCGGGCCCGGCCUCGCGAGACUUCCGCGCUGGCCUCAGCCCGCCCCGCCUCGCUGCCACUCGCCCGUUCGCCCUCUAGAUUCUCCUCUCGGCCAAUCGAUCUGUCCGUUGGCCUUCGCGGCCCCGCCCACUCGCCGGGCUCCUCCCGGAUUGGGGCCGAUGGGCCCGGGGGCGGGGCGGCUCGCACGCGCGCUGGCUGUCUCGCGGCGCGUGACGUCAGCGCGCCGCCGCCGCCGCCUCCGCCUCCCGCUGCCCGGUGUCGCGCGGCUCCCGCCCUUCGCGGUGCAACAGCCACAAAACCCGCCGUCUCGGGCCGGGGCCGCACUCGGGAACGGGGCGUCGCCGCUGCAGCCGCUGCCUUGGGAGCCGGGUCUUGCUGUGUCACCCAUGCUGGAAUGCAGUGGUGUGAUCUCUGCUUGCUGCAACCUCUGUCUUCUGGGCUCAAGUGAUUCUCCUGACUCAGCCUCUUGAGUAGCUGGGACUGUAGGUGCGUACCACCAUGCCCUGAUAAUUUUUUUAUUUUUAGUAGAGACGGGGUUUCACCAUGUUCCCCAGGCUGGUCUCGAACUCCUAAGCUCAAGCAAUCCACCUGCCUUGGCCUCCCAAAGUGUUGGGAUUACAGGCAUGAGCCAUUGUGCCCAACCUCUAACUAUAUACUAUAUAUGUUUAUGUGGGGGAUUUUUUGUUUUUUUUUUGAGAUGAAGUCUCGCUCUGCCACCCAGGCUGGAGUACAAGUGGCACAAUCUUGGUUCACUGCAACCUCUGCCUCCCGGGUUCAAGCAAUUCUCCUGCCUCAGCCUCCCAAGUAGCUGGGAUUACAGACACGCACCACCAUGCCCUGCUAUUUCGUUUUUAUUUUUAGUAGAGACAGGCCUCAUCAUGUUGGCCCGGCUGGUCUUGAACUCCUGACAUCAAGUGAUCCACUGGCCUCGGCCUCCCAAAGUGGUAGGAUUACAGGCGCCAUCCGCCGCACCCAGCCUCCUAACUAUAUGUUAAUAGGUGAAAUCUCACAUCUAUAAAGCUGAGACCCUUUAUGUAGUAUCUUAUGUCCUUUUAUAAGAUCUUAGUUAAAUUAUUUUUCUUGGGCCAAGUGGUUUAUUACAAUGAUUGAACCUGAUUAUUGCCCAUAAAUACAAAGAAAGUUGAAAUCUUUAGUAAUAGAUUAGCCUCUGUUUUUCUCUGCUUUGCUAGUAUAACGUCCCUCCAGAGAAGAAGCUAAAUCAACUUAAUUGUACUGCAGUUGCUCCUACUGCCCGCCCACCCCAACAAAUAUGGAAUGUGCAAUUAAACAGAAUGAAUUGAAUUUUUUUUUUUUUUUUUUUUUUUGAGACAGGGUCUUACUCAUUGCCCAGGCUGGAGUGCAGUGGCAGGAUCUCAGUUCACCGUAGCCUCAACCUCCCCAGCUCAAGUGAUCCUCCCUCCUCAGCCCCCCAAGUAGCUUGGACUACAGGCAUGCACCAUCACGCCCAGCUAUUUUUUGGAGAGACAGGGUUUUGCCAAGUUGCCCAGGCUGGCCUUGAACUCCUGAGCUCAAGGGAUCUGCUCCUAUCAGCCUCCCAGAGUGCUGGGAUUACAGGCGUGAGCCUGGCCAGAAAUUCUUUAAUCCAUGGUAACUUUCUUUUUUUUUUGAGACAGAGUUUCACUCUGUUGCCCAGGCUGGAGUGCAGUGGCGGGAUCUCGGCUCACUGCAAGCUCCACCUCCCGGGUUCACACCAUUCUCUUGCCUCAGCCUCCCAAGUAGCUAGGACUACAGGCACCCACCACUGUGCCUGGCUAAUUUUUUGUAUUUUUAGUAGAGAUGGGGUUUCACCGUGUUAGCCAGGAUGGUCUCGAUCUCCUGACCUCGUGAUCCACCUGCCUCAGCCUCCCAAAGUGCUGGAAUUACAGGCAUGAGCCACUGCGCCCGGCCAAUCCAUGGUAACUUUCAUAGCCACACUUGUUUUCACAGAAGCACAUUUAUUGCAGUGUGGAAAAUGCAGGAAGUCGAUUCAGGUAUUUGUGUGUGUGAGGCAGGUGAGCGUGGUGGAGUGGGAAGAGCUUAUGUGAUUUGGGAGUUAACGUGUCUUCUCUAUGAAACUGGGCAGUAACCUUUCUGAUAGGAAUUUUUUUCUGUUUGGCAGAAAGGAGUGACGCCCCACAGGGAGUUAGGUGAGACCAGCUGUUCAGUCACCAUUUACCUCGCACUUGCAGUGCAAGGCCCAAAGCGUAGAUAUAGCUGUGAACAAGAACAAGACAAGCAUGCCUGUCUUCACGAAGUCUACAGGCCACAGGGAGUUCAGCUGUGAACAGAUAGUUCAUAAAUACAUAUCUAAAAAAAAAAAUUUUUUUUUUGAGACAAUGUCUCACUCUGUUGCCCAGGCUGGAGUGCUGUGGCACAAUCUCAGCUCACUGCAACCUCUGCCUCCCGGGUUCAAGCAAUUCUCCUGCCUCAGCCUGCUAAGUAGCUGGAACUACAGUCAUGCGCCACCACACCUGGCUGAUUUUUUUGUAUUUUUAGUAGAGACGGGGUUUCACCAUGUUGGCCAGGCUGGUCUCAAACUCCUGACCUCAAGUGAUCCACCUGCCUCGGCCUCCCAAAGUGCUAGGAUUACAGGCAUGAGCCACCGCGCCCAGCCCAUACCUAAUAUUCAUUUAUAGAAGUCCUACAAAGAAGUGAGAGUUUGGGGACAGAGAAUCUAGCCUAGCCUAGCAAGGUAAAGGCCUUCAUGAGAAAGGGACAUUUCAACUGUGACUUGAAAGUUGAACACAACAAGAAGUGCCCAUCCCAGUGUUUGGCUUUUUUUUUUUAGUGUUAAUAUCUGUGUGAAACAGGAGUAGAUAAAAUAAAUCAGGUGAUAGAUCUGUAAAUAUUUUGAAUAAACCCAGUGUGCUCCAUAUAAAAGGGCUGUAUUUAGCCUUGGAAAAUCAACAAAUUAGUUCACUGAAACUGCUACUGAGGAUGGCUGUUGAUUAACAUUAGACACUUGAUUAACAUUAGGUCCUACUUUUUAAUUUUUACUUGUUUUUUAUAAGCCAUUUCUUCCAAGUUCCCAUUGAACUUGGGGGUUGAUAGUGGAACUUGUUUUGGAGUUCUGGGCCUUGGAAGGUAGACCAGCUGCCAAGAGAAUUAGAAAGGUACUUAGCUGCAAAACUGGUAAAUGGGAAGAACAGAACGUGGAGUCACACAAAUUUGGGUUCAGGUCCUGGUUCUGCCAUUUAUCAUCUGUGUAACUAUAAGAAAAACUUGUAACUAAUCAACUUGUUAUUUUUUCAGCUGUAAAACAGGAAUAAGCCGGGUACAGUGGCUCACACCUGUAAUCCCAGCUCUUUGGGAGGCCAGGGUGGGUGGAUCACUUGAGGCCAGAAGAUUGAGACAAGUCUGGCCAACACGGCGAAACCCCGUCUCUACUAAAAAUGCAAAAAAAUUAGCUGGGCGUGGUGACACAUGCCUGUAGUCCCAGCUACUUGGGAGGCUGAGGCAGGAGAAUUGCUCAUACCUGAGAGACAGAGGUUGUGGUGAGUCAGAAUCACACUCCUGCAUUCCAGCCUGGGCGACAGAAUGAGACCCUGUCUGAAAAAAUAAAUAAAUAAAAUGAAUAAAAAUAUCAGUCUUCAGGAGUUAUAGAAAUCUGUAAGGGUAAGUAAAAUACCUGAAUCAGGUGUGCAAAUGAAGGAAGAGGGCCCAGUGUUUGUACUCUCCAGGACUGGUUCUGUUUCCUUCUUACCCUUGUUGUUCAUAGGUAAACUGGCCUGCCCACUCACAUCUCAGCAUCUGUGUUUGUUCUUUGCAUUCUGGCACUGCUGGCCUCAGGACUAAUGUUUAUAGACAGGACCCAGUGUUCACUUAGUUUCUUAGGGUAGAUGAGGACACAUUGCUAGUCAAACCUUUCUUUUCUUCUUCUUUUUUUUUUUUUUCAGAGAUUUGCUAUAUUAGUGAUAAGUUUUUAAUCUCUGAGCCACCAGAACCUGAUGCGUUUACCUCCUAGGUAUCUCUCAAACCCAACUCUUCUCCAUGCCUGUGACUACUGUCCUCACACGGGCUCUGGCUCUCUCCCCUCACCUCUGCUGACCAGCUGCUCUAACUGCCUCCAGUCUUCCUUCCCCAAGGCACUCCUGGAUUUUCCUAGCAUUAGCAUGUAACCAUAUCACUGCCCUGAUUAAAGUCUUCAGGGGCUUCCCAGGGUUUCAGCUCCUCAGCAAGGCAUUCCCAAGCCUUCCAGCCUUAUUCCCUGUCCUUCCUAUUACCUCGAGGUGUGUGGACCAUGACAGUUCCUAUCUUUGUUUUCAGAGCAAUCUUUUCCUCUGCCUAAAAUAUCCUUUCUCACCUUCUUCAACUUUAUACUUCUUCCAAGACAGCCUGGAUGACCUCUCUAGGACACUUUCCUUGGAAGGGUGUUUCCAUAGCACUCUCCCCAAAUUGUUGUCAUUGUACUCACAUUAUAAUACAUGUGUCCUUAUAUUUUAAUACAUGUGUCCAUUAAUGUUUUUGUUUUCCCACAAAAGCACACAAGGUUCUUCGAGGGCAGGGAUGGUGUCUCAUUUGCCUCUUAUUUCCAGAGGUAAAAGAGUCAGCCCAGUCUGGACAUACGGUGGGCUCUACCUGAACAGAGAUACCUGAUGAUGCUACUGCGUCUGCCCUCCUUCACCACCUAUUGCCUGUAGGGUAAUCCAGAAAGCCAACAUGGUAUGGCAAAGAAAAAAGACCUGAUUUGAAUAUUUAUUGACUAUUUAGUCCAUUGACUAGCUAAAUGAUCUUAGAGGAGUUUCUGAAUCUCUCUGGGCCAAUUUCUUCAUCUGUAAAAAAGGAAUAUUACUGUUCAAUAUUGUUAUAAAGUGUGAUUGAAAUAACAUGUACAACACCCCUGGCACGUAAUAGGUGCUAAAUACAUUUCCUCAUCUCUUACUAUUUUUCUUUUUUUUUUUUUUUUUGAGACGGAGUCUUGCUCUAUUGCCCAGGCUGGAGUGCAGUGGCUCAGUCUCGGCUCACUGCAAGCUCCGCCUCCCGGGUUCACGCCAUUCUCCUGCCUCAGCCUCUCCGAGUAGCUGGGACUAUAGGCGCCCGCCACCACGCCCGGCUAAGUUUUUGUAUUUUUUUAGUAGAGACGGGGUUUCACCAUGGUCUCCAUCUCCUGACCUUGUGAUCCACCCGCCUCGGCCUCCCAAAGUGUUGGGAUUACAAACGUGAGCCACCGUGCCCGGCCCUCUUACUGUUUUUCUCCCUCCCUCCUGCACUAUUCUGAGCAGCCUCCACCCGCCACACACACACACACACACACACACACACACACACACACACUCUCUGAAGUCACAGACGCUCCGUUGUUGGUGAAUAUAUCCCUCCAUUUUUCAUCCCCCCACUAAGGGAUGCCUUCUUCACAUCCACCUGCCUCUCUACUCUGUUCAGAUCCUGCCUGAACUAAAGGCUUGCCCAGAUCCUGCAGUUAAAAGGAAUUUCUUCUCAUUCCUUUCCUGGUCUAUUUCCCUAUAGCAUAUAAUAUUUCUAACUUAAUAGUCAGCUGUCUUAUUUUAACCACUUGAAAAUAGUUAACUGGGUUGGAAGCUUCUGGGGGAAAGGAUGUUUCUUCUGCAUUUUUGUAGCUCACUGUGGUUCUGAGCGCUCUGGGUCUGGAACAUGUGAAGUGUUAAAUAAAUGGUUGUUCACUUUAGCCGGGGAGUUGGGGAUGAUGGGAAAAUGCUUCUCAACCUGGCUAAACAGUGUCUUCAGAGUCUUAAAGGAAUCAGACUCUCUGGGAACUCAAUUUUAGCUUGCUUGUCCUUAAGACUUUUUGAGUGGUAUUAAUCUCUACGAUAUCGGGAAAUUAGACAUAAUUCUAGAAAAUCCAUUUCAAACAAAAUGAAAAAUCAGUCUUGGACUUCGUUUAUAAUGUGAUGAAGGUAAAGAAAAUUGCUUACCCCAAACCACAUGAAAGUGAUAUAUAUUUCUAAUUAUGUUCUCAAAGGGAUAAUUGCAAAAGGAGUUAGUGCUGCAGAAAUCCUUGAAAUAGACUGUGUUUUGGGAAAAUCAUUUCGACAAGCUCAGAUUCAGCUGGCACAGUCUUCCAUACAGCCUCCUGAAAGCAAAUGGUAUCACAAGUACCACAACAAAGAAGGAGGCCAUAUAAAACAAUGAUUUCCAGUCUUAUUGAUGGAUGUAUUAAGCCAGUCGUUAGCAGGGAACAGUGUGCAAUCUGUGUUACAGGUAGUUAGGGAUGUUUUAUAGAUGUGCUCACACAUACCUCUUCUAGCCAUUAAGUAGUAAUUUCCCUUGGACUCUGCUUAUCCCUUUUUUUCUUCAAACCUUUAAACUCUAGAUGCAAAGCUUCCUAGAUGGAGAAUAGAACUGUUCCACUUCUGGCUUCUACCUGGAGUAAAUAGCCAUGUCCAGCAGUGAGUUCAUGCUGUCAAGAUUCAUUAGUACCCAUCUCUUCCAGUGUUCAGAGUCACACAUGUGUAGCUUGUGUGACUGCUUGCCCUCACACAUGUGUAGCUCUUAAAUCACAUUUCCUCAUCCUAUAUUUGGACUAUUGUUCUUUUAGGGUCCAAAUUUAGUAGCUUACGUAUUACAUAAUAAAUGUAAUGUGUACAUUUUCAUCUUAUUAGCUAUAUCUGUCGUACGAACCUACUGAUGUUGGGGGGGGCGUGUCUUGACUCUCAUUCAAAAAUGUGUUACCUGCCAGCUUGAUAUUAAUAAUAGCAGCUAACUCUCAUGUAGCCCUUACCAUGUGCCAGGCAUUGUUCUAAGCACACAUAUUAACUCAUUCAGUGGGCGCAGCCGUGAGGUAUAGGUACUGUUAACUCCAUUUUAUGGUUUAGAGAUAUUCAGAUGUGUGAUCAAUAUACAGUUUAUGGGGUGCUUUUUCAACAUUAAACUUAGUAAAACCUGGGUUAUGUGUCAUAAGUACCUUCUAGAAACCACCUAGGAGAAAUGGUUGGAUACACUAUUGUAUAUCAUGUGUGUGUGUGUGCAUUCCCUGUGGCAGUCACUUUGUUGCCUACCCAACUAUUUGUUUUUUGUUUUUUGUUGAGAUGGAGUCUUCCUCUGUCACCCAGGCUGGAGUGCAGUGGCAAGAUCUCUGCUUACUGCAGCCUACACCACCAGGUUCAAGUGAUUCUCCUGCCUCAGCCCCCCAAGGAGCUGGGACUAGAGGCAUGUGCCACCAUGCCUGGCUAAUUUUUGUAUUUUUAGUAGAGACAGGGUUUCACCAUGUUGGCCAGGCUGGUCUCUAACUCCUCACCUCAAGUGAUCCACCCACCUCGGCCUCCCAAAGUGCUGGGAUUACAGGCGUGAACCACCACACCCAACCCCAACUACUCUUUCAGCAACCAGUGUUCUUUCC